ACGGUGGAUUGACUGUUCAGGAAUUUGAAUGAAGGGGGCGUGUGCUGUUAAAGGUAAUUAUAAGCUGCGUGGAAGGAGUCCUACACAGCUCUCUCUCACUGUCAGCCUCAUCCUUUAUAUUCAACCUUCAGCUUCGGACUACUGCUUAUCACCGUCGGCCGAUGAGCCCGCCCCGAAGCCUCGGACAUCCUCCGCAUCCCAUCCAAAAGCCAAGGCGUUCAAAUAAGCUUUAGAAAAACCAAAAGCCAGUAGAAAGAGCUGCGGAUUUCGAAGAGAAAAUUAGGCCGACGCGUUGCGUCGUGCCUAGCUCCACUACGCGAUGGGCCAGCCGCGCAUCAAGAUACUGACAGGAGCUCCACUUUCGGACCGCCUCGCGUGGGACGAGCAAUCGUUGAGCAGUGAUUGGGUUCCGUCUAUUCACAGCUUUCUGGUCAAGCGUGAUUUCCUUCCAGGUAAUGUGGACGGAUCGCGUUGGACGGGGUCCGCGCCGGUAGAUUCCCGCUGGCGGAGCAUUCCCCUGUCGAACCAGAACAACCUUCAUACUGGAUAUACCCAGGCGACUGAGCGUGGGCACUGGCCUGGCCCAGCUAGAAGCUCAAUACGUGCGGAAGACGAGUCACUGCUUGAUGACCAGCCGUCGCCGGCUUCGACGAUUCCAGAUUAUGAGGAGUUUGAUGAUCUACCUGGUAGUUCUUUUGGUGGAACUGAUUAUGGCGACGACUCUGAAACGAGAUUCUUGGAGCAUUCGGUUGCGGUGCACGAUGAUCUCCAAUCAUCACAGCUUGAACUGAGCCCGUUGGAAGAGACGACCAUCCUCCCGUCGUUCCGGACCACAACGUCGUUCCGGACUACAACAGAAACCUCCUUCGGCUCCACAGACUUCCUGUCGAAUUUAGAUGAGUCGGACCUCUUCGCCGCGGCCGACAGCCACAGCGAGGCCAGGCUCCCGCGCUAUGUCACGAAUCUACGAGACAUUCCCGACGCGAGGCAUCUCAGAAGCAUCGUGCCUCAAACAAUCGUAGUCAGCAUAAUUGCCGGCAUCAUUUCUAUACUGCCGUCCCGCUCAAUCAGGACGCGUCACGGCCAAGUCAAAGAUCUGGUCGAGCUGCUCGUAGGCGACGAGACCGCAAUCGGGUUCAAGAUUGCUUUCUGGUUCCCUCACCAAGAGAGCCAGCCCCAUAACCACGCAACAACGGCCGACGACCCCCUCAGAGCUGUUCUUCAUGAGCUGCGUAUCCAGGAUGUUGUUGUCGUGGAAAACGUUGCGCUGGACAUUUUCAAAGAAAAGGUGUUUGGGUACAGCUUGCGGAAAAGCAUGCAGAAGAACCAGACGAGGGUGCAGCUGCUCGCCAGAAACGGCGUUGACAGGGCUGCCGGGCUCCAGGACGUGGACAAGGUGCAGAGUGUCAAGGAUUGGGUUUAUAGGUUGGUGAAUCCGCCUUCGGAGGCGCCUAGGGGUGAUAUCAUUGCCGAGCCGGGGGUUACGCAUAGGGCGCCUUUACCUCCGGAUACGCAGUAAAUAGCCUGCUAGUCUUUACAAUCUGGGCUUUGGGUGUUUAGUUAAAGACGCCUCUUAGUAAUGUAAUAUCUCGGAAGGAUGA